UGAGUCAAGUCGGGCAAUUAUGUCAAGAAGUAUCUCUCAAUUUAAUAAUGCGAUGGAGGAAUUCUGCCGCGGAAACAGAGAUGAGUUAGACGAUCGUAAGGUUGUUUCUGCGCAGGAUGGAGUCGAAGUCAAUGACCCUUCGUCUAGAGGUAAGCUAUAAACUGUUUCUGGAUCAUUCCAGCACUGAAGGUGCGCUAAAAGUUUCAGGUAACACUCGCACUUAUUUCACAAAGUAAUUCCUUGUCUUGAAUAAAUCAGGGUAGAAAUAUAAUCUGUUUUUCUUGUACAACUGUCGUUGCUUGUGGCCGUAGCAAAGCGCAUUUUUAUUUGUCCAAAACUGACAGGCUUGGCUCUUAGAACUUCACACAAACGUUUGGCGGACCAAGAGAGCCGUUUAAACAAUAAAAAUAAAUUAAUUGUGAGUUUCACACCGGUAGAUAUCCGCAGCAUUUUGCUUUUAGUCAACACACUACACCCAUAGUUUCUUUUUACAAUUAUCCCGUUCAGUGUACAGGAUAUUUUCCCAAAUAAUCGUUGAUUCUCGUUGUCCAAACAAAAGGUUGUGCCUUGAAGAGAAAGAGGGUUGAAGAAACCGAGACCACGGCGGAAGAGCUAAGCAUUACUAAGAGACGGCACCGUACAACCUUUACUCAAGCGCAGCUAGAUGCUCUCGAAGAGGCAUUUAAUCGCUCACAAUAUCCCGAUGUAUUCACAAGAGAACAGCUUGCGAAAGGAAUCAACUUGAAUGAAGCUCGCGUUCAGGUAAGGCAAUUAACGGGUGAGUUUAGCUAAACGUUCUCUAGCCUUCGCCCCUGGCUUGAGGUAAUAUAGUCAAUAACAAUCUUUGUUUUUGCCAUUAGCCUUAAUUAAUUUGACACAAAGCACUUCGGGUUCCUCACUCGAGAUUCCAACCACACGAAUCCUGUCAUUCAACAAGCUUUUGGAAUUAUUAAUGCUUGAUGUAUACCGGGUGAGAAAUAUUUCGUUUUCUGGCAUUUUAUUCCACAACGCGAACUUGAGUUAAUCCUGCCCGGUGGUUUUCAGUAGAUGGCUUGUGAGUCAGGUUUCGGGGCAUGCGCAUAAGACGUUACACCUGUUCUUAAUGCACGUGCAAUUGUUAGCGCGAACAUUGACUUUAAUUAGCAGCUGUUGAAAUUUAUUACGAAAAGUAAACUUAUCACAUAUCUCGCAAAAUUUUACAUCUUCUUUGUAGCUUCUUACAUGGCGUUCAACUUGGGAAAAGCUGAAAAAUAUUGCCCCAAAUUUCAGAGGAAUUUUCUUCAACAAAAACUCAAAAGAUUGCAUUUCUCUGCUUAAAAGUAGAGGCAGAUUGUCAAGGAAUUUGUUUACUUUACUUGAAGAAUUUGGCACAUUUAUUAUUCAAAAAGUGCCUUUUGUAUCAACAUGAAUAAGGGAGCCUUUUGUUUUGUGAAAGCGUAAAUGACAAUUUUAAUUUCUUAAUUUUGGCACUGACAAACAUGGUAAAUUUCGAUAUGAAGAACCCGACGGACAGUAGAAAUUAAAUUAAAUUAAAACUGGUGCUAAAACACUCAUGGGCCAAACCAAUAUUCCUAAUUACUUUGCCAGCGUUUUUUGAGGUUUUGGUUGAGGUUCCACAACAUUGUCAUUGCUCUUCGGUUAACAUAAUUUAAAACCAAUAAGUGUUGGCUCUUAUCCACGGUGCCUCUUGAUUCGAAUGUUAUUCAAAAACACUUACUAGAAGCUUGAUACAUGGCCUUGUUCUUUAGGUGUAAAGAGGCUUACAAAGGAAAACCUGCUAAAGAGGAUUAAAUAAACUUUUGAAAGCUGGCAAUAAUUUCUGGUCUCAGUUGAAAUCCAGUCCAUACAGUCAGUUAGUAAAAAGGAUAAUAGCUACAACAAAAUUUGAAAAGUAUGGUAUUGUUAAAACUCUGGUUUUAAACAAACACCAGUUAAGAUCAGAGUGGAUCAUUUUCAUUAUUUUUUGCUUCCUUUCAUCUGGUCCCUUUGUUGUGCCCGAAAGCCAACCUGUUUUUUUCUUUUUUGGUAAAUUUUUAAGCGGAAGGGACGUUGUAUAGAGUUACGGGAGAUAAAAAAACCUAACCGUUAUCUAUCCAAAAAAGUGAGAUGGCAAAGCUAACUAUAUCUAUUAAAACUUUUCAAGUUGAUUGGGCGAGAAAAAAGGCAGAAACAGCAGAUUAUCAGGCUUAAAACUGAAUAAUGCAAUCUUCAAUGAUUUUCGCGCGUUAAUUAUUAUCGGAGUAUGUGCUCCAUAAUCUGAUAUCUUUAUUUAAUUAUAUGAAAGGUUAUUUCUACGAAGAAUAUAUUUAAGCCUCGAGCAUCGCUUUCACACAGGUUGGAGCUUAUCCAAGUGUAAACUUGGCAAAUUUUUCGCCCCGUAGCAUUUUGGCCAAAACACCAUAUAAGCAUCUUUCGUAAUAUAAAAUAAUUUUAAAAUUCUCAGAAUCCUAGCUAGGUUCAUUCGCAAAAUUUCCCUCAGUUCCAAUGCUUAUCUUCAGAAAAAAAAAACAUAUUUAGUAUUUAUAUAACUGAAGCAAACGUUAUCAAAAUGACCUAACUGAGCUAUAAAUAUUUUCCUUAUUUAUUUAAUUUCGAGUUAGAUGUAAUUAAUCUUUGUACACAACUUUUGUCUUCUGUAGUUUUCACGGUGUCCAAAUCUCGAAUAUUUUGAGGUAUUAGCUUCAUUUUUCAAUCACAACUGUGAUCUGUAAAAUAUAAUUGAAGUUCAACACAUUUUACACAUUUGACCAAGUAAUAGGUUACUUAAAUUACGGGGCUGUCCAUUCAGUAGACUUUUCCUAUAUCUUUGUAAACGGAUAAACUUCGUUAUCCUGACAAAUCAGUUCAAAGCCUAACCAACAAAGGUUUAUUGGAUAUGUAUGUUUCACCAUAUCGCACGUGGUAUGAAUAUUUCAAGUAGACAAGCCGCGUAUUCUCUGUUGAACAACAGCUCGGCGGGCGAGCAAAUUUGUUUCAUUAGUCCGCAAGCGGGCGUCUAAUAAGCUGGAUUUAGUUUUCUAAGUAGCUACUACGAACGUGAAAUUUCUUGUCUUGUUGUGGCAAACAAUUUACGGCUGAUACAAAAGAUAUAUUCGCGGUAUUGAAAUGAUCCAAAACACCCGCAGCAAGUUAGUGUAAUUAUUAUAACAAGGACCAAAACGCGAUGUUGUAACUGGUAGUAUAACGCCGUGAGUAAAGGCUAGAACAUUCAGUAAUGACAAUGGCAAACAUCAAGUGCCCAGGCUUAUAAAACGUAAUAUUUUCUACAGAUUCAUUCAGAAAAAAACAUGAGCGUAAAAGCGGAGCUUCAUUAAAGGCAAUACAUUAAUAGCAGCAUUUCUCAAUGCACAAACUGUUGGAUUUGAUCGGAGUUGAGACACCCAAGGGUCUAAAACCUUAAUACAAUCAUGAGGACAAGGACGGGACUAAAGAUUGGAUUGCGAGACAACAACCGAGUUACUGUGCCAAAAAUAAGUACUUUUCACAUUAGCGGUCACUUCUUCCUAUCUAUUAGCCGCUGAGCAAUAUGGGAAUGAGUGGCGAGAAAAGAUUCAGGGUCAUAAAUGUUUCAACACUUGGAAAUAUUACUCGUUUCUGCAUCUGGUGCAUACUCGUAAAAAAAUUACUUCCGAGUUCGGAAGAGAAAGCGAUUUUGUGCCCAGGACAUUUUAAGCCUGAUUUUCAAGUUUAGCUUAGCCGUGGAAUUAUUGUGUUGAGUCUUGGUUAAGACGUCUGAGAAAUAAUUCGAAAUAUUUAUGACUAUCAGCUAUUGUAAUGAACGAAUAUGUUUGAUUCUAGAACAUCGAUAUCAUGCUUGAUUUAGCGAGAUAGGCUCUGGAUUUCGACAACUACAGUAUAUUUAUGCUAUUUGAAAUUUUGUGUCUACGUGCGAAAACCUUUUUGAGCUUAGUUAUGGUCCGUCUAAAAUAGUCUGAAGAUUGGUAUCAAAUCACUUUAACUGUCAUCUUUAACUUUAAGAACGAACUUUUACAACACUGCCAAUUUUUACCCUCCUGCCAGUGACAGUGUCGUGUUUUAUGUAUAGAUUUAAUUUCAUUCCAUAGAGCUGGCAAAGCUUAUUUUAGAAGAAAACAUUUUCACAUCCCCAUUAUUGUGCAGUUUAGAUGAUACAACCAGCUCACCUUGACCAUUUCUAAUUGAAGCCAUUGUUUUCACACGUGUCUCAUUAACUCUAUGUACCUUUUAUAUCCUUUGCAACUAAACUUUUUUAAGCAAUUUAUUACCUUGACAAUGAUUAAGUUGUAUGUUGGUCUAGUGUUUUUUUAAUGGCUGUUUCAGAGGCUUAUGACAUUUCCUUUCUGUACGGCCUCUUCUGAAAAUAGACCCUCCAAUUUCUCAAAAACAAAUCCAGUCCUGCUAUUUUUUCAAUCAAGGUUUUCUUUUCAGAAUUCGAACUGCCUGGCUAACUUCACGCUAAAUUAUUGCCAUAGGUUAUUGAAAAGUUAUAUGAAUCCUCCAGAACAGUAAUUCAAAAUCUAGGAUUCUUGAAUAAAUUUUGUUCAAUAAGUUGCUUAGAAAUUAAGCAAAACAAACCUUAGAAAGUUCGAGCUACAGAUCCGCUCCCGCUUUUGACGAUCAUUGUCAAAUACGCGCUCCAGCUACGGCAGCGUCACUGCUUCUCCCUCCUACUUUAUUACUUUUUCGCGGCUUGCGGAAAGUAUUAUAAUCUUUUAAUAAAUCAACCUAAUCAGAAGAAUCAGAAUCAACAGGCUAACAUUUGCUCUCUGUCUUUUCUUUUUCUUAGGUUUGGUUUCAAAAUCGUCGGGCAAAACACCGAAAACAAGAAAGACAGAAUCCGCGAGCAACUUUACCAUAUCAUCAUACGGGCAUUUAUUAUCCACACGAAGCGCUUUACCCUCCAACUUCUCCUCUAUAUUUCCCAGUUCCACCGAUGGCCUGCUCGAUCAACUCGUUACCAGGUUCCAAAGCCACUCAUGAUAGUUAUGGCUCAUCUUCGCAUUCUGUCCGCUCUCCCUGCCGCUCGUGCCCACCUGGAAGUUCGUGUUGCACUGCUCGUCCUGUGCCCACUUCCUCGUGGAGCCCCGUUUUCUCUCGGUCGCUGUCACCAUCAAAGCCGAACCUAUUGUGCGACAAAGAAGGACCGAAGCCACAUACGGCACUUGGUAUAGGACGCAGUGAAUGGUCAGCGAAGAGCCUAGCGCUUUUACGAAUGCGAGCACAGAACUACAGUCACAUUUUUGGGCCGUCUUGCUUUUCGUAAUUAAGACUGCGAUUGUGCCUCAAAUGUCAUAGCGUAUCGUGUUAUAAUAAAAGGGCGUGGACUUUGGAAAAUUCUCGCUUUCAGUCUAAAGAGAGGAAUUAGGGACGCCAAGUGAACACGGAGAUUCGUGGUCCGAACGCAUAGAGGAGGCUUGUAUACUAAACAAAAGCUUAUUUGUCAAAAUCAUACAGUGGCAAGACUUGGUGAAUUGACUGUGACCCUAUGUCACACUUAUAAAGAAUUCUGGGAAGACAAGCUCAUAUUUAUUGUCAAGAAAUAAUGUGGUAAUUUAUUGAACUAGAGUAAAUGGGUGACACCUUAGAACGACAAAAACAUAACUGGGGGAUUGCUUUGAGGUAUUUCUUCUAAAUGGGAGCAUUUUUUAAAAAUACAAUUGUAAUGCUGCACUGAAUUGAAUUCGCUGCAUAUCGAACAGAUUAUUUAAUAGAUUUAGUCACGAUUUUCUAAAGUUUGGUAGUUUUUUUUUUACAAGCUGCUCAAAAUUUUGUACACAAUGUGCAUGGUAUCAUUGUUUGAGCUUUAACAUAUUGGGUCUCAAUAAAAGUUUAGUCACGAAUGUUUGGAGUGUCAUCAGACUGCCCUUUCAAACGAAAUCGAAUAAUUAGCAAUUAUUGAACGAGGCUGAGUUUCGAAGAUCUACAUUAUAUGAUCCUUCAGAUCAUAGGAAAGUCGAAUUCAAUAAUUGUUUUAUUAUUUGUUUUUCAAAAUAAUAUUUACUUUAAAUACAUGCCUGUCUCGAUCAAUAUUAUGUUCCCGCCAUUUUCUUUUGCCUUUUCCUUGGCAGAUUCAGGACAAAAAGAGAUGUUUAGUUAGCAGAUAUUCUUUAAAUACCUUAUUGGUACAUAAUUUCGCGGGUUUUUAAUUUCACGCGUUUUUCGCCUUUGUAAAAAAUUCGCGAAAUUUUAAAAAGACCCGCGAAUAAAAAUCCUCGCGAAAUUUAAUAACCAUAUAGAAAAUUCAAAUCACGGAAAAAAUUAUUAACAUGUAAAAGCAACAACAUAUACAUAAAGAUUUCUACCGACAAAUGCACAACUGAAUUGAUGACUGGUUUUUCUAGUAAAUUGCAUUUUGUAUCUUCAUUGGUGAGCUGGAUAACGUUUUUUGCAAGAUUUUACACAUUGGCUGUUCCAUUUUAUCUAGAAAUUUUAAAGAGUUCAGACGUUUUGACAAACAGAAUGAUAUUGAGAACGCUUGAAAUGGCGAAAUUUAAUGCCCUUUUUUCAUAUUUUUCAGUUGAAAUCGCGAAAACACAACCCCGCGAAACAUUGUCUCGCCAAAAUCGCAAAAUUAGAACCAAUAAGGUUACACUUGUAACCCGUCGAGUUGCAAAAAAUUUAGGAAGUAGUUUUGCUACUUUCGUCUUCGCAAAACGUGAAAUUUUUUUGCCAUUUUCUUCAGUUUACCAAAACAGCUUAGCUAACACAACUUCUUCCCCAGGGCCUACCGGUUGCAGUGCCUUUUUCUGGCGAUAGCCUGCACUCUUGUUAGAUAUCGUAAACGUCUUCCAAAUUUAGUGAACGCUAGCUGGUUAUGAAGACUUAUCCGGGGGAUUUGGCUCACUCAGAGAAAUGGAGAAAGGAGUAAUGAUGGUUUUCAACCAACUGACAACGCGCCAAUGCUAGUGGAUAUUAGAAACAAAAAAAGAAAAAAUGGCACAAUUUGCAAGAAAAAAAGUUAAGUUUCCAUCGAAGGAGGAAACACUUGUUUUCUUGUCCCAAUUGUGGCCGCCUUGACGUUAGCUGUAAACCAGCAAUAGACAAGAGAAGCGAUGACGUCAGAAAAACUAAAUUUGUGAAAUUAUGGGAUAGGUGUACAUAUCCGGAAAGAACAAGAUGAAAAAUGUCCUUAAGUUUCCCUGAAAAUCAGUUUAUCACAAUGUUUACUGUAAAUUAGCCAGUCUCCCAGGUUUAAUACGCAAAAUGCGUAAAAGAGACUUCUUGAAAAAGAGAGCGGAGCGAACUAAAGACCAGUCUUAUUAUUAGGCUGCGAGAAAUGUAUUGCCGAACAAUGCCAUCAAAUAUGCUAAACGCAAAUAUUUUAAUGACAGUCUCGCCACUAAUAAAAAAGAUCCCCAUAAAACAUUGCAAAUAAUCAAUGAACUGAACUCUCGUCAACCCAACAAUAAAGUUAUCGCUGAUAUCGACAUAACUUGGCAAGAGGCAUACCUCGUGUUUAUAUUGAACCGGAACACUAUUUUAUCCCAACUGUCAAGACCUGUUCUCUUUUAAAAGUUGUGGUGCUAAUAAAGUCCAACAAUUACUCGAAAAGCUAGAAGUUACUGCUGUAUAGAGCUCUUAUCGAACUGCAUUUCGACUAUAGCUGCCCUGCUUGGGAUGGUCUCAACAACGAAUUAACUGAUAAAUUCCUCAAAACCAGAAGGGAAAAACAAGCGAAUGUAAUGUUUAAAAUUUUAAAUAAACGAACCCCGGAGUACUUACAAGAUCUAUUCAAACCUGCAUGUUGCUAUUUAUCUAAUGUCAUGGACUUUCUGCUCUCUGCAACCAACAACAACGAUAUUCAACAUAUGGGAACUGCAGGGUAAUCUUAAAAAUAAGGAACGGUGAAUCGGAAAAUGGAACUAUAACGAACGAGGAACAGAAAAUCUUCAGAUCGUAUGGACUCUUUAUGAAAAAAAGGAAAGGACAGCAACAAGGCAGGAACUCGGCGGGACUAGUAUCCGCUCCGACUGGGGACAUCCGUAUUGUGUGUGGAUUUUUAUUUUAGUAAAAAAAAAACAGAAUAUCAUUUUAUUUUACAUUCGAGAAUCCAGAUAGGUUUCAAAUAUCCAUCUGUAAUUUUUUUGCACUUCGGAGAAGAAGGAGGAGGAGGAGAAGAAGGAGAGCGAUACUGACGGACUUCAAAAAAGUGUAGAUCGUAUAAUAGUUUUUACUAAAAUCCAACUAGUGGUCUAUUAUCAAUGCUGCUUUCUGACUGGUUAAGCUAGCUACUACUAGGCUAUUUGUUAUAGCCCACUAGUAGCGAAAAGCGCCGGCUUUGAAACCCAAAACAAUGGCGGCUGAAUCACGUUUUGCUAGCUAAAGUUGUUUGGUCUCGAUAUUUUUGACCAACUAGUUGGAUUUUACUAGAACAAUUAUUCCUCUCGCCCUCAUGGCCUCUGAGUCAAUAGCCCAUUGGCCUUCCACCUCGUGGGCUAUUGAGCUCAGAGUCCAUUCGGGCUCGAGGAAUAAUUGUUAAAGAUACAGCGAAAACAAGUGUGCCAAAAUUAAUUAACCUAUUAAGCACGCGACGGCUAAAAUAAACUUUCAAAAAACUCGGCCAAGUUAAAUGUUUUCUAAUGUUAAACGAUGUUGCAUCUGUUAGUAUUUCACGCACUCAGCUUGAUUACAAUGUCGACUCUUCUACAGCCGAAGUUACAGUCGCAGAAUCACGUCACAUAAACUGCGAAACACGAACCUUUGACUCCAGUUCCUUCUCGGGAUUUCUAACUCAAAGCGCGCCAAUCUACAUUCAGUGUUAAUUUAAAGCACCUUUUAGAGCAAUAACGCGCCAACUCGACUGUAUGCGUAAAGUUUUUAGCUCGAGGACUCAUAUCGAGUGUAUAUCGAGGAUCUGCGAUUAAAUCAGGCUUUUUUCUUUCGUUUGGUUAGGUUGAAUCAGUUCUUUUCGGAAAUUUUCCCCUACCCCGCGUCUUAAAAUCAUAUUUCCAUCUAAAUUUAAUGUCGUAAUGACCUUGCAAAAUACGAAUUUAAUUACCUUGUCACAUGUAAAUUGUUUUUUUUUUCUAUAGGAAAAUAUUACUUUACGAAGUAUGGGCUCCUGGAAAAUGUUAGUUCCCAUCUUACACAGAAUUUUAGGUCUCAGCCGCGGGUCAUGAAGUUUCGGCUAGAAAACUGUCUCUGAAAAUUACACAGUCAUAUUUUAUCUACAAAACCCUCUUUUGCAAAUUGAGGCUUUUAGUUGAGUCAACAAUUUAAAGACAGGAAAAAGGGAGCUCGAUAAAUAAUGACAGCUUAUUCUGUCUUGCUUGUACAGUUGCCCGAGGAAGUCCUUUCAUCGCGUGUCUAACUUAAUGAAAAAUAUGAACAACAAAAAACCAAACAUUAAAAAUGUGGCAGUUUUCAAAGUUUCUAUUUGAACAAUACGAAUAAGAGUAAAUGAUUCAUUUAAGGAAAAGCCAAAACUUCUAUCCUAAUCCGUAUCUGCACUACAUGCAUCCUCAAACUGCUUCCUCUUCCAUAAUUUCUCAGUUCAUGUAACUUUUUCAUUUUUGGCCGUAAAACAUGUACAGCUUUUGUAUGAAGAGUGAACUUCGUUCAUUCUAUCUACUCAUCUGUUGAUGUAUGUUGACAUACACCGUUUACCACUGGGUUAUUUGUUCAAUAUUUCUGCCCCAAAUUUUUCAAGGUUUUUAAAAAGUGUCCUUGACGCUUCAAGCGUGGCCGGUUCGGCUGUAAAACGGGCUAUGAAAACAAUCAUUGUUUCCUGCGGGUUGAAAUUAUCUUUCCUUCAGAUGAAUUUCAAUUAACUCCUGCUAAAUUUUUUUCUUCUUUUGCCAGUGUUUUCGCUUAUCGCAAGAGAUAUAAUAAAGCCCAUACUGUGAACAUUGAAAGACAAAUGUUCUCAUAUAUAAUCGUCUACACCGCAGUCCAUUUACUAGAAACUCCUUUUUCUUUGAUGUCAGUCGAAACAAUCCAUGGUGUUGAAUAG